AUGGGGUUUCAUGAAAGAUGGAUGAGCUGGAUGUCAGAGUGCCUUCAAACAAACUCGCUUUCAGUACUAGUAAAUGGGAGCCCGUCAAAGGAAUUCCAAAUGGGCCAAGGCCUAAGACAAGGAGAUUCGUUGUCUCUGUUUCACUUUCUACUAGCAGCAGAAGGUUUUAACUUUUUGAUGAAGAAAUAUUUGAAUUCUGGAGAUUUCAUAGGAUAUAGGUUUGAGGGGGAGGGAAACGAAUGCUUUUCACACCUCCAGUACGCCGAUGACACCUUAAUCAUUGGUAGAAAAGGUUGGGAGAACAUUCACUGCAUGAAGGCGAUUCUUUUGUUAUUUAAGCUCAUGUCAGGAUUGAAGGUGAAUUUCCAUAUAAGCUCUUUGAUUGGGAUUAACAUCCCUCCAACCUGGUUAGAAGAGGCGGCCAAUAUUUUAAGAUGCAGGGUUGGUUCCACUCCAUUUAAAUAUCUCGGACUUUUGAUUGGAGCAAACCCGAGGCGUUUAGAGACUUGGCAACCAGUGAUAGAUUCGGUGCGUAAAAGGCUGUCGAUAUGGAAACACAAUCAAAUGUCCAUCGGAGGUCGUGUGGUUAUAAUCAAAUUAGUCUUAUCUGCUAUCCCGAUCUACUAUCUCUCUUUCUUCAAGGCUCCCACAGGUAUCAUCUCGAAACUUGAAUCUCUAUUUAAACAAUUUUUAUGGGGUGAGAAUGAGGAUGAGAGAAAAGUAAAUUGGGUUAAUUGGGAUAAGGUGUGCAAACCCUUAGAAGAAGGGGGUUUGGGUUUUAAAAAUUUGAGAGCCUUUAACGAUGCUCUAUUGGGGAAGUGGGGCUGGAAGAUCAUGUGCGAAAGAGGAGGCCUUGGUUCAAAGCUCUGUGUAAUAGGUAUGGAGAGAGAAUAG